AUGGCAGAAGCGAACCCCGCCACACGGGAGAAGUUGGACGCCCAGAUCAAGGCGGCUGACAUGAAUGAUGACCUGGCAAUGGAGAUCAUUGAAGUCGCCCAAGAGGCUAUGUCCAGGCUCACUAUUGAGAAGGACAUUGCGGAGCAUAUCAAGAAGACCUUUGACGAGCGAAAGGGACCCACGUGGCAUUGCAUCGUCGGCCGGAACUUUGGCAGCUUUGUCACUCAUGAGUCCAAACACUUUCUCUACUUCUACCUUGGCCACUGUGCUUUCCUCGUGUAUAAGACGCAGUAG